CAGGUCAUGAGUGCCUCUAGGAAAGACCCAGUGGAGAAUAACCUCACCUGCCCAAAGCCCCGCCCUACCUGGGCCUCGCCCUGCCCCCCACCCCUGGAUUCCCACCAUGACGUCUGAUACCGAGCAGGAUGCGGCGGUGAGACUUGACCAGGAGCGGGCUGAGAUAGUCGCCAAAUAUGACAAGGGAAAAGAGGCCACCGUGGAGCCUUGGGAGGACACCAACUUCCACCUCUACAAAGUCAUCGACCGCUUUGGCUUCGUCCAUGAGAAUGAACUUCCAUCCUACGACUCCGUGGAGGAGAGGCAAAAACACAUGGAGGUGGAGAGGACCACCAAAUGGCUGAAGAUGAUGAAGAGCUGGGACAAGUACAAGAACAGUGAGAAGCUGGUCAGGAGGAUCUAUAAGGGAAUUCCCCUGCAGCUCCGAGGGGAGGUGUGGUGUCUGCUGCUCGACGUUCCCAAAAUAAAGGAGGAGAAGAAAGACUUCUACGAGAAACUAAAGGCCAGAGCCAGAGGAGUCUCCCCAGAUAUCCGCCAGAUUGACUUGGAUGUGAACCGCACCUACAGGGACCACAUCAUGUUCAUGCAUCGCUACGAUGUCAAGCAGCAGGCUCUCUUCCACGUCCUCACAGCCUACUCCAUGUACAACACGGAGGUGGGCUACUGCCAGGGCAUGAGUCAGAUCACAGCUCUGCUGCUGAUCUACAUGAAUGAAGAGGACGCCUUCUGGGCUCUGGUCAAACUACUGUCUGGGCAGAAGCAUGCCAUGCAUGGGUUUUUUGUCCCCGGCUUCCCGAAGUUGAUGCGUUUCCAGGAGCACCAUGACCGCAUCCUCAAGAAGAUGAUGCCCAAACUGAAACAGCACCUGGACAGUCAGGAGGUGUUAACCAGUCUCUACACCAUGAAGUGGUUCUUCCAGUGCUUCCUGGACAGAACUCCCUUCACCCUCACCCUCAGGAUCUGGGACAUCUACAUCUUGGAGGGUGAAAGACUGCUCCCCGCCAUGUCCUACACUAUCCUCAAACUGCACAAGAAGCACCUGAUGAAGCUGUCCAUGGAAGAACUGGUGGAGUUUCUGCAGGCGACUUUGUCCAAAGACUUCUUCUUCGAGGACGACUUUGUGAUUGAGCAGCUACAGGCGUCCAUGACGGAGCUCAGGAGGGCAAAGCUGGAUCUGCCCGCACCAGGUAAAGAGGAAGAGUUUCCCAAGAAGCCUCUAGGGCAGCUUCCUCCUGAGCUGAACCACGUGGCCAACGGUCAAAGCCACGCCGAGCCAGCCGAGCCUCCCAGGGACCAGCGGGACGGUCGACCCCCCAGCCGGUCACGUCGGAACUCAGUGGAGAAAUCGAUCCGCCACCACAAGGGUGACAAGAGGGAUGGCCGCUCCAGGGGAUCAGGGGAGAUUCCCACUGAGCAUCAAAAGCAGCCCACAUCCACCACGCCUGAGAGGGGCGUCACACCACCCUCAGUCCCCACCCCUACGCCACAGCUCAGCACGGUGGAAAGACGGAAGCCUCAGAGCCACGCUACCGCCAACCACAACUCUAACGCGGCCUCCAGCUCUCACAAAGAGAUCACUCCGCGCUGGUUCAAACCCUCCGAGACAAAGCUGGAAGCAGCCAAAGUAGCGGCAGCCCGGGAGGUCCAUCGGAGUCGAGGGGCAUCGCCGGGCCCUUCCAGCCCAGAUGACACUGUUCCGCCCCACCGCCGGCCACGCUCCAAGGGCUUCGUCCCCAGCGCCAACCGAGGCUCCAACGCCUCCCAGUAUGACAACGUACCAGGGCUGCCGGAGCAGGAUUUUGAGAUCCUGGAGCUUGACAGACCUCCGUCCAGAAUGCGGACCCCUCGUAGUGAGACACCCUUCAGUGUAUCAUCCCUCCAUCAGGUCAGCCCCAGCCGCAAUCCCAGCGUGGCUGGGAGUGUCGUCUCUGUCGUAUCAGGGCCCAGGAUGCCCAAACACCCUCUUCCUCCUCCAUUUUCCAGUCCAGCCAGGGUCCAGGCAAGCUACCCUGCCAGUCAGAGCCAGUACCACACCCCUCCCCAGCAGCAUUCACCGGGCAGAACUACCACUGAGGUCCCCAUCUUCCAUCCCGCCUACAGCGUAAGCCUGGACCCCAGAGGAGAAGACAGACUCUAUGCUCCGCCCUCCCGAUUUACCCCGCCCUCUACUAUGGCGUACGGGGAAAGAGCGUAUGCCACCACCGAGCGGCAAACCAGCCUCUCCCCAGAGAAGUCUCUCGUGAACAACUCCUUCGCCACCUACCGCAGGCAGCCGCUAUAUAGCUCCAGCCACAAACCCCGAAACGCCGGGCCACCCCCGGAGCACUCCUUGCAGCUGGAAACCCAGGGGAGCUCCACCCCUAUCUACCUGCAAAAGCUCACCUCCACUGCACAGGUGGAAAACCGAUUUGAGGGACAUCGGAGAGCCGAGGCGAGGCGGCCUGUAGACGGGCUCCCGUGGGGGCUGGAGGAUGAGCUGCCCCCUCAAUCCCCAGGUGGGAUGCCCCGCUCGCCCAGCUUCCAGCGAGCCCAAAUGUCUCCUGUUCAGGAGUUCACUUUUCCCGCCAACCCAGACGACCUGCGUCACUACAGGACUCCGUUCCAGGAGCAGCAGCCCGUCAUAAGGCAACAGCUCCCCCAGCUGUUUGGAGGACCACACUACAGGCACGCACAGGAGGCGUUUGCCAUGCAGGAGUCCAUGCUGCUGUGAUCAGAAGAUACAGAAAAUGGCGAGACACUGUAAAAAAAAAACAAAAAAAAACUGAGUAGUCACUGACACUGUGGUAAAGAUGAGCAGUAGUCCUAGCUUUGUUAGGAACCUGGUUUUGUUUCUGCUCUGUUCUUAAUGUGUGAAGUACUGACCUUCUGACUGUCACGCUGCAUCGUAACGUUGCAGGAACCAGCCUCUGACGUUUUUACUGAUUACUUAAAAAAAAAAAAAAAAAAAAAAGAGAGAGAGAGAAGAAAAAAACCCUGAAGAUUUUAUUUUAUUUUUGGAUGUAAAUCAUUUUCGAGAGGUGACAGUAUAUAUCUUUCAGAGUCUGAUAUGUACAGUGGAUUCUUUUGUUAAUAUGCUGCGUUGUUAUCAGGAGCAGGGGAACGUCCUCCUGAGAGAGCAAAACUCUUGAUUUAUUUUCCAUCUUUAUUUUUUUAUAUAUAUAUAUAUUACUUCCAGAAAUUUCCAUUGGAGACCGCAUACUCUAUAUGCUCGUGAAUGUUAUUUUUCAAAGAGAAGAAAUAAUACUAUGUCCAAUGAUAGAAUUAGAGAGCAUUGAUGAAUGGAUAAGUUUUGAUGUCCAUUACAAUUUUGAAAUGCCUCCACUGUAAAAAAAGCAGAGUUUGAUGUGUAUUUUUAGUUAUCUUUCAUUGAUAAUAUUCCUUCCUGAUUAACUGAUGUGCAAUCCAUUUCACUUUCAUACGUAAAGUAUAGUACAUCGGGUAUUACAUGUAUAUGAGGCCAGUAUAUUUAGGAUUAAAUUCCAACCCUGAUUAGAGACUCAAGGAAUAGCGAGCUAAAUUGUGAGGGCUAAUAAACAUUUUGUUUGAUGGCUUUAAGCCAUCUGAUUUGCUAUGUAACCAUAGGUAACACAUUUUUUUUUUAAUCACUGUACUGUUACCACAUCUGGAGCACAUGCAGGAUGUGAACUGGUACCAGUACAAGUUUGCUUUAUUUCAUUAUGUCGUAUUAUUCUUGACACUGUCAUAUCAACUACUGUUCAGCUGCUGGCACUUCCACUGGCAUACAGAGUCAUCUGGCACACGCACACACACACUACAUGUCACACAAUUCAACAUUUAAUCAGUCACAUUCCCUAUUAUUCUUCCUCAUACUGGGUUUUGAAGCAGUUACUCUCAAACAGUACUCUCAACAGUAUUUCCGUACUAUUCAUUACAUUCCCUAAGUUAUCUUUUGUUUUUUGUUAAACAACUAAUUGCAGACCAUUCUGAUACUUAAUAAAAUGAGGUGGGGUGAAAAUCAA